AUGUGUGCAGAUCGUGUCUGUGGGUCCAGAUGGCGGAGACUGUGAAGUAUGUGGAUGAGGAGCACAAGAACAUCUUCCUGAAGUUGUUGAACGAGCAGCGUCUGGAGGGGGAGCACUGUGACAUCGCCGUGGUCGUAGAGGAAGUCAAGUUCCGCGCUCACCGCUGCGUGCUCGCCGCGUGCUCCAACUACUUCAAGAAGCUUUUUAAAAAACACGAGGUGGACAAUUCAUCUGUUAUCGAGAUUGACUUCAUUCGUUCGGAUAUAUUUGAGGAGGUGUUGAACUACAUGUACACCGCCAAGAUCUCUGUCAAGAAGAGGGACGUUAACCUGAUGAUGUCAUCAGGACAGAUCCUGGGGAUCCGCUUCCUGGACAAGCUCUGCUCACAGAAACGAGACGUGUCUUCAGACGACAAGGAGAAGUUUCCUUAUGACAUCGUAAAGAUGGCUCUGCCCCCCGAGGCUCAGCUGGCCCCCGACACUGAGGUCCUCGGCGAACACGAAGAGCCGCCAGUGACGGACGACCUCGUCGAGGCGUCUGAAAAUCACGAGCUUGAUAAAUCUCCCAGCGCAGCACUGCGUGUCCAAGAAGCCAUUUUAAAGGAGCUGGCCAACGAGGAUGUCCACAAGGUGUCCUGCUAUGGACAGGAUGUCGUUACUGAAAUGGAGACUGAACCUAAAGAGUUGGGGGCGGAGCACCACGCCACUCAGACACUGACAUUUGCAGACAGCAUCGGGGAAGUAAAGGACGAGCAGCCGCCAGGCUGGUCAACGGCAACCGCAGACAUGAAGUUUGAGUAUCUGCUGUACGGACACAGAGAGCAGCUGGCCUGCCAAGUCUGUGGGAAGACCUUCCUCGAUGAGUGCAGACUCAGGAAACAUGAAAAGCUUCAUUCGGCCGAGCGCCCGUUUGCCUGUGAGAUCUGCAGCAAAGCGUUCACCACUCACGCCCACCUCAAAGAACACCUGAAGAUCCACACGGGCUUCAAACCCUACAGAUGUGACGUUUGUGGGAAAUCGUUCAUUCGGGCUCCAGACUUGAAGAAACACGAACGCGUCCACAGCAACGAGCGGCCGUUCGCCUGUCAGAUGUGCGACAAGGCUUUCAAACACAAGUCUCACCUGAAAGAUCACGAGAGGAGACACAGAGGAGAAAAACCCUUCGUCUGUCCGUCCUGCACCAAGGCCUUCGCUAAGGCGUCGGAUCUGAAGCGUCAUGAGAACAACAUGCACAGCGACAGGAAGCAGCUUGGACUGCAGAGUGAAACAGAGACGCUGCAGGCCGCCGCCAUGGCUGCUGAGGAGCAACAUCUGGACUCCAUUAGCUGCUCCUAACAGGAGGAGGAGGAGCCAUAUCUGGACUCCACCAGCCGCUCCUAAUAAGGGGAGGA